ACGCGCUGGCGAGUGCAGGGUCCGGGCGUGUGCGAGGUGCUGCGGGUGGGACAUGGCGCCGAAACGUCGGGCCGUAGCAUUGCUGCACGUGGCGUACCUGCUGGCGGCGGCGCGGUUCGCGACCUGCUCCGACACGGUGCUCCUGCGCCCGCGCGGCUGGCCGCAGGUCGAGUGCGAGCUGUCCACGCAGCACGCCGCCUCCGGGGGCGCGCACGGCGACGACAGCCGCGCCGACUUCUGGAUGCGCGGCUGGCUGUCCCGACAGUUCUACCGCUGCCGCCUGGACGCCACCGACGACGUUCGCGCCGGGCUGUUCGCGGCCAGCCAAGGCGGCCUCCUGCCGCUCACCGCCAGGUGGACCAUCAACCUCAACAAGUUCCGCAGAUCCCACUGGCCCGACAACUACCGGCUGAUGAGCGCGACCAGGACGCCGCAGUUCGACUGCCUCGCCGGCGAGACCCCGCUGCCGGGGUCCGUGUUCCCGCUUACGGCCCGACGCCCCGGCACCCAGUGGCAGAAGUGCUUCCCCGUGCCCGACAAGCAGCACGGCGACCGCUUCGUCACCAGCGACGGCCUCGUCACCAUAUCGUUCCAUGGCGACGCGCCGACCGUCGUGUGUGGAGUCUCCCGAGAGGUUGAGCCCACCUCGCUGCCGCUGCGCGCCAUACUGCCCCUCCCGUACCUGUGCUUCUUCGCCACGUACCUCGACUUCCCGUCUCUCUCCGACCCUCCGGCGAGCGAUGUCUUCCAGAAACUGGUCGCGGACAAGUGGGUUUGUCCGUUCUCCGGCACUUUCCCACCGUUUCACUGCUGGCCGGCUGCGGACGACCCGAGCAGGCCGUUCGAUUUCGACGUGCUCUUCGAUGGCAAACACGCACACAGGUGUCUUUUCCAGACACUUUGCGGCGAAGGACCAGUCUCUACUGUAGCCUCGAUAUCGGACUAUUACAGUGGGGAUGUGGAAGUCACUAAAAAUGGCAGCUUUCCUUCCACAUUGCACACCAGUCUGGAUUCUCUCCUCGUAUCUAAACUGAACUUCGGACUCACCGGUGCAGACGGAAUGCAAGACGAGGUAACCACGCAGUCCUUCUCUGAAAACGACACAACCGUUUUUUAAAUUCCACUCUUUUAAAUUCCUGGGCAGCUACCAGUUACAGGGCUGACACAAUCUUGGGCACACACAGUAAUAAGACUGGUCAGAUCACUUAAGAGGGGUAGGACGUCAUACGGGCCGACUUGGAGCAGGAGAGGCACCCCACGACAUUUUAUUUUCUACUGUCUAUACUUUUACAAAUAAAUUCAUAAAACUUUGUCAGCAUGACCAGGAAGGAUUCAGGAUUCACACUUAGAGCAGUGGAGGUGCAAAAACAUAACAAAAUAAUUUUUUUAGAUAUGAAAUUUCAUCAUUUUUUUCACUUACUGUUCGCUGCAUUUGUUGCUAUAGGUACAUUUUUCUUUACAAUUAAGAGAUUCUUUGAUGAAUUUUGCACAGCAUACAAAUCAUACUUUCAGGUUUAUGAAACUCUAAAAUUUUCCAAAUCUAUUAAAAACUAUGGCAAAAAUUGAGAUAAUUAACUAAAAUAUUUGAUUUUUUCCUAAACAUAAAGUUUAAAACGUAACAGCUCAUUCACUUUUUCAUAAAUUAAAUAGAUUCUAGAGUUUCAGACACCUGUACGUAUGGUUUGUAUGCUGUGCAAAAUUCAUCGAACAGUCUCUCUUAAUUAUGAAGAAAAGUGUACCUAUAGCAACAAAUGCAGCCAAUAGUAAGUGAAAAAAUGAUGAAAUUUCACAUGUAAAAAAAUUAUUUUGUUAUGUUUUUGAACUUCCGCUGCUACAAGUGUGAAUCCUGAAUCCUUCCUGGUCAUUCUGACAAAGUUUUAUGAAUUUACUUGUAAAAGUAUAGACAGUGGAAAUUAAAAUGUCCUGUGGUGCCUCUCCUGCUCCAAGUCGGACCGUUUGACGUCCUACCCCCCUUAACGAUUUCUUUAUUAAUUACAAUAUUUCAUAGCACGUUUCGGCUGCUGCCGACCUCUAAUCCAAACGUACAACCUGUGCAGCAAAGUUCACAGCAAAUGAGCAGUAAGACCCACGCCGAAGCGUCGCGUCAACUGCCAACUUUUCACUACUGAUUACACAAACACAAAUGGGCAAAUACAACAGUACUCGUAUUUGUGUAAACAGUGGGGCAGAGCUGAAAGCAGACGCCACACUUGAUACUCAUUAUCCUUACAGGAGUUUUAAGUUUGGGUCGGAUGACACCAGCAGUUGUUAAGACCUUUAGUUUGACUUUGUCUUAUCGCACAAUAUGGCAAGAGAAACUGCUUGUUCACUGUGACUCUUCCAUUUGUAACAGCAUUCGCAAACAUCGAGGUCAUAGCUAUCAAUUCUGAGUGAUCAUUAACGGUGUAGCAAGAAGUUCUUUAAUGUGACAUUUUCCUCUUUUCAUAGUCAAUCUACUCCUAAUUAGUUACCUAAAAACGAAGGUAGGAAGUAUUUUGCUGCAUUCAGUCUGUUUCUCUACACCAGUGUUUUUCAACCUUUUUGAAUAUGUGACCCCUGUCCAAGUAAAAAUAUUCUGGCGACUCCCAGAACUACGAGGGUUGAGUGACAAGUAAUGCCCCCAUCUUCAUUAAUUGGGUUUGGAUGGGAAUACUUUAAUAAAUGAAACGCAGAAAUAAUCCUUAGAAUGUGAUCUUUAAUUACCAAUAUUCACUUUUCCACAUAAUCACCAGCCAGUUGGAUACAUUUCUGCCAACGAAUGCAGUGAUGAACAAGUUUUCUGAAGCCGUCACGGAAGAAGUCGACACUCUGUUUCCGCAGCCACUGUCUCAAAGUUCUCUCGUAAUGAUGUACCCACGUUUCGUCUCCUGUCACAAUUGAAUGCAGAAAGGCGUCACCUUCAUUCUUGUAACGCGAGGGGAGUUCCUGGCAAACUUCAAGUCUGUGUGCUUUCAUUUCAGGAGUCAGCAUCCGGGGUACCCAGCGUGCACAGAUCUUCCAAUAGCGAAGCAAAGCAAUAAUGUGACCCACACGUUCUUGUGAAAUGCCGAUUGUGCUUGCAGUUUCUCUCUGAGUGAUACGACGAUCGUCCUGAAUCAAUCUGUCAACAUUUUGCUCGUGGAACUCGGUGGUUGCUGUCACAGGACGCCCAACUCUUUGUUUGUCACGCAGGUCUGAUGUUCCCGCCUCAACAUCUUUAAACUUACUCGCCCAACGACGCACAGUACUCACAUCAACACAAUCACCAUAAACUGCUUUCAUUCUCUGAUGAAUCUCCUUUGGGAUGACACCUUCUCCUGUCAAGAAUGCAAUGACUGCACGUAGCUUAAAUAGCAUUGACCGACCGUCUACGCAGAGUUCCAUACUUUACACUGUAACAACACAACCGUUCAAUGCUAAGGCUUCCUGCCAACUGGAGCUGUAGAGAAGAGGCUAUGGAACAAACCAGUACCUGCCGCAUACCAAUGCUGCCAACUGUUGAAGAGUUACGAAGGUGGAGGCAUUACUUUUCAGACAACCGUCGUAUAAUAAAGUAUGUCGGCGAUUUCAAAGGCAACGUAUUUACUUUUCUUUUUAUUGAUACUACACUGAUCGAGAAAUCAAGUGCAUGUGAAAAGAGGUCGCAGCGCUCUAUGGGAAGAGAUAUAUUCCUUGCCGCCGUAGAGGCGUGGAUGUGAGAAGGGGUCAGCAUGCGCAUAGUCGCGCGUUUUUGGUCACAACAAUCAGUUGUCCGAGUACGCCAGCAAGCACGGACGAGAUUAUUGUCUUCGCGCUUCGCUCUGGGCGAGCAUAAAACGGACCAGUUUCUUUUAAGCUGCAACUGCAUUCUCCUGCGUCCGCGAUACCUGAGCAAGACCUUGCGACCCCUAGGUUGAAAAACUGCUCUAGACCAUAGAGCGUAACGAACUUGUGAAUGUUGGUUUUUGUGUCACUUUGAAGUUGUUCCUGUAAUGAACCAGACUAACUUCGCCUAAGACAUGCAGAGACCACGAACAGACCUUUGGUGAAAUAGGAAUGACAACUUUCUGAACAAAAACGGAAAACAUUACUCAUUUUUACGCAGGAUAAGUAAGUUUGGGCGGGUCAAUAAAAACUUGAAACUCUUGUAUUAUAUUACGUUGUUGGCUGAAAAAUAUUAUUUAACUAUAAUUGCAAACUGUUUCAAAGUGUAAUAAUUUGUAUUUUUUAUGUAUAUUUCGUGAACAAAAUAAAAUGUUGAAAAAUCAUCAAA